AUGCGCGACACGUACGACUACGUUACGAUAAGCUGGCCGGGCCACGCCAACGGGCGCAUGCGCGUGCACAACUACAGCGACGCCUUCAACGAUUCCGCGGCGCUCGCCUGGCUGUUCAACGAGAGCGUACUGCUUUGCCACCGCAAGAUGGAAGCCGCGAUCGACGCUGCGUGUCGCAAGUGGAUGAACAGGUCCAUCAUGCGCAUGCCGGCGGACGUUAUGCGGCUCAUCUUCCGAAAGCUGGCCGAUCCCUUCUCACCCGCAUCGGCCUGCCGCUUCGCGAGCGUCUGCACGACGGUACACGGCGCUAUCUGCGGCAGCGCCGGCGCCCGCGAUGCUCCUUCGGAGAUGAAGAAGCUGAAGGCUCACCACCGAGGCGCGCGAGUGCUGCUCGAGAAGUCGGCUACGUACCGGACUGGCGACCCCUUCUGUCAAGACCGCUUCCGAAUGCCGUACAGAGCCACCCCAAUCACCUUUUGCUCUUUCCCCUUCCACCAAAGCAUGCUCGUGCCGACUGGCGUCGCGUACCGCACGAUCGACGUGCAUGCCAGCUGGCCGGUGUCAGCCGUGACGAUGCAGGCUGCGGUUGAGUUUCGCGCGCUCCCGGGUGAGUGCCUGCAGGUCCGUCCUCUACUCGACCAGCCCUGUGUUCACUGCGAUCACUUUGCCUGCGCGUGCGGGUGCUGCGCUUCAGUGCGCGCCAGUCAGAGCUGCGUCGGCCAAUGGCAGCGUCCAUGCGAGACGCUAGCGCACCUUCUCGGGCGUGGGAGCAUGCCGUCGCUUCAGCGCCUCAACCUCAGCGCAAACCACCUAUGUGUGGAGGGCGUGCGGCCGAUUCUCCUCGCCUUCAGAGACGGCGCGGCGCCGCCCCGGCUGCGUGCCCUCUCUCUACAACGCAACGACCUCGACGAUGGCGCAUGCGAGCUGUUGGCGGACGUGGCAGGCGCUCUGUCGGCUCUCGAGCUGCUUGACCUCGCACAAAACCGUCUCACUGGCGUCGGCGCGGCAUCGCUCGCGGCAGCGGUGGGCGAGGGAGCGCUUCCGCUCCUCUCGUACCUCUCCCUUCGAGCGUGCGAUCUGGACGAUCGGGGCGUGGAGGCCCUGAUGAAGGCGAGCGAAAGUGGCGGCUUUCGCCGACUCACACAUCUGCGGCUGGGCUUUCGCAGCCGGCGGACGAUGAUGACGUGCAACAGAGUCCCUCUACUGAGUCCACCCGAAGCACUGCCGGGACAGAAUAUCGCUGUGACGCAGGGCGCCCUCGACGCGCUGGCACGUGCGCUUUUGUCCGGUCGCAUGCCGAACUUGCAAAGCAUCGCCCUGCCGCUGCACUGCUGGGGGCUAACCUGGAUCGAUCUCGACGACCAUCUAUGCGUCGAUCCGGACUAUUUGUCGCCGGGACCCGACCUGCUCAUCGAUCGCGUCUGCCGUGAUAGAGUUGUGGACUUGUGGUGCGGGUAG